CCUUGCAACUCACUCUGCAGCUACCACGAGUAGCUCUUUAUAUAUAUAUAUUUGGAAACAACGCUUUAUUUUCGAGUAAACAAUAACUAACUAUGUAAUUCGGAAACAGCAUCCAAAAACGGUACCUAGGUAAUACCUAUGUACCUACUUACCUACUUACGCUUCAAACCUCGCUUCUUUUUCUUUUUUCCUUUUCUAAACAAUAAACAUACCUACUGCAAUGCCUGCAUCUAAACAAACCAUUCAACAACAACAACACCAACAACAGCAGUGUCUAACCUACCUCGGCAGCAGAAACAAGAACGGGCGUACGGUCAAACAACAAACUCACCCAGACGCGCGGAUCUCCACCAUUCUUUUCUUUUUUUUUUUUUCUUUUUUUUUCUUUUUCUUUUUUUUAGAUGGAGUAGAUAUACGUCUCGCCAUCAUUGGCGGCCUCGAAGGACUUGCGGUCGUUGGAGAAGUCGACGGCCUCGACGGUGGCGCGGAUGGUCUUGGCCUUGGUGGCGCGCGCGAAGCGCCGGCCCAGCUGCUCGCGCGCCGCCUCGCCCGGGAAGCAGCGCGGGCACGACCCGCCGGCGCGCGGCAGCCGCCGCGCCGCGCCCGCGUCGCCCGGCGCGUUCACCACGUCCACCGUGUGCGUCAGCGUCAGGUACAGCCCCAUCUUGUACUUCAGGCACCGCUGCACCGAGGCCUGCUGGUGCGUCGGCACCGAGGGGUGCUUGCACCGCUCGUAGCGGAAGAGCUUGCUGGUACACAUUUUUUUUUGGGUUUGACUGGUUUGACUGGUUUGACUGGUUUGCUACGUGAGUAUGUAUGUAUGUAUGUAUGUUCUGGUUUAGCUUAAGAGGUUACAAUGGGUUAGUAGAUAGACCGGGUUCCGAGGGUUGCUGCAGAUGGGCUAAGUGGCGCCGCGAAGUAUUUGUACGUUUGGA